GACCGGAUCUCGAGUGCAUAAGUGCCAUGAUCGCCGACGCUCCGCUCUGUAUAUGUACGAUGCGAAAAUUGCGGAUAGCAACUUGGACACAAGCAGCUGCAGUGUGACGCCAAUCCACAGGCCAAGAUGCGUCUCAAAAACUUCACCUCCUUUACAUCGAUCAAAGAAAUUGUUCGCUCCAAGCGUUUCAAGCAGAAAGCCAAGCGUCAUGAAAAGAAUCAGAAGCGUAAAAAAUCAAGGAAAAACAAAAGAAAUAAGGAGAAAAGGUUCGAGCCCAAAAAUCAACAUGAGGCCCAACAUCAAUUCUUACAUCCGCUCUCGUGGCGAAGGCCAGGUCAUCUAGACCACGCGUUCCAUGCCGACUCAGCUGCAUACUGUCAUCGAGGUUUUGAAACUCCGCCUUCCAGCCACCCAUCACCAAACCCGACUCGGUCUUCUACGUUGAGCUCAAUCUUGAGCAGCGGCGGAACUUCUUUGAGUUCUGCCACGUCAAAAAUCAGGUUUCUAUUCCACCGUCGACAUUCGGACACUGGAAUUUCAAGAUCAUCGCCACUUUCACGGCAGUUGGAAAAGCGGAACUCUGUCCCAGGUCUAUCGCCCACCUUCUCCAGGCCUAUCACGGAAGAAAGCCGCCAAGAUAGUGUGCCUCCUCGAGCUGAAGGGGUGAUCACAAAAUCCGUUGCCCCGAAACAGGAAGCCUCGGGGUCUGCCCGGGUCAUGGCGCAACAAUCAAUCGACCUUAAGGCGGCACGCGAGCGUCUCAAGGCAUGGGGGCCAACUUCGGAAGCUUUUUCAACCAUUUACGAAUCGAAAAUACGGCCGCAGUUGCUGCAAAUUCUUGAAGAAAACAAUCCUGUUGAUGACUACACUGUCGCGGUUCACAAUGACAACGGAAGUAUGACUAGAGUUGUGGUGGUGACGACGCCCAUGGAGCUUCCCGCAGACAACAGGGACAAGAUUGAGAGUCACAUCGUGUCGUGUUUUUCGGAUUCUGAAGAGCUUCGAGUCGCGGUCAGGUUUCUUAAGGGCAAUGUCAAGCGUACUGCUAGCACAUUGGCUUCGAGUCAGGACGCAGACAGUGAGUCGAAGAGGCCUCGAAACUCUGGCAGGCACAAUGUGAGAAUGCUUGGGGACUCUGUCAGCUUUGAAGACAGCGACAGUGCCGCAACCCUAGGUCCAGCGAUCAGUCUCGGUGGAUAUGAUGGCUGGAUUGUCAAUUGGCAUCUAUUUCACGGCAUAGCGAACUGGGAACACCUUCAUGAUCCAUCAAAAGUCCCGCUUCACAGUCUAGUCCAUCCAGCAUACAUAGACUGUCGCGAGAACGAACCCCCUUUCCGGAUUGGGGAGCUGCAAGCCUACUCAGGAAGAAUGUACAGAACAACUCGCCAAUCGAGAUCUCUGGAGCGUUACGUGGCAGGUGUCCCAGGAGAACGCGGGCAAAACGUGCAAGUGGUCACGGAUUGGGCUUUCUGCAAAGCCUACAAAGAUGAAGCUCAAAAUUGUCUGCGCUAUGCGCCGCCAGGCAUUGAGGUCGAUAAUUUCUCCGAUCCGAUUCAAGGAGUGUUUGAGCAACAUCCUCAAUGUCAAAUCGUCCAGACAACUGGCAGAAGCAGUGGAUUCCGGUACGCUGUGGUAUGCGAAGCACCGGCCGACGUCCGCCAGUAUCCAAAUAUGCCCACAAGGGAAUGGUAUUUGCAGAAUAUCGAUGGUGUAUUGACGUCUGAAGAAUGGAAUUCCGAGGGCUCUGGCGUGUGCGGUGACUCGGGUGCCGCCGUAGUGCACGAUGAGACGGGAGAACUCCUUGGGCAGAUAUGGGGUCGAAACGUGUACGAUGAUGAUAGUCAAACACCCAGGAUAACAUACUUCACGCAUUACUGGGACAUUUUCGACGAUAUAAAGGAGCGAUAUCCCAAUCUGGAAGGCCCGUCCCUCAUUCCCAAGCCGAAAUGCCAUCCCUCGAAUAACGCGAAUGCAAGAGAUGGUGCUCCCAGCCCUUCGAGAGCCGAAGCCGACGAGAAGACUCUCAAUCCAUCGCGACCGCGGAGCCGGGCAUGUUCGUCCAUGGGCGGUGCCGAUGGCGUAUUCGAAUCCUUCUCCCAGUCCACUUUAGCUCAGAGUGUGACUAAUCUGGUAGGAUCUGGUGAAGGCAAGGCAAAACAGAACCAUGUCGGAAAAGCUUUGGAGGGCGAAAUGGGAUGCGGACAACGAGACUCUCAUUCCCGUAACCCUGCUAGAACCUCGGCGGAUGAUGACACGGAUGUACUGGUAAUGCGACGGAGCUCGGCGAUGGUGACCGUUUAAUGCUCUUUUUUUCUUAUCCUUUUCCGAUUACAAAGGUCGGUUUUUCUAGAUUUAGCAUGCUUCAUAUCCUUGCCUACUUAAGCCAGCUAAUCGAAUGCGUUGCUCCAUGGGGCAUGUCAGAUAUCAUGGUCCAACUUGAAUUCAUUGAUGCUGUGCUGAUAUCCGUAAUAAGUCCGAGACGCGCUCAGGAAUGCCAUAUGUGGUGUCAUUCCUACCUCAUCGGAUCCGGUGAACUCAACUGAUAACUCCCCGACUCCCCGACCCGGAGUGGAGCACGGCGUUGCCGGAGGAAGAUUUUGCCUGAGAGCGAUGCUCUCGGGAAUUUCGGACUUGAGUUCUCAUUUGAAACUAGGCUUUGCAGAAAUUGCGCUAGUUGACUCGAGAUGCCCUGUAAUUGCUGUUGUGUCUUAAGGUGCUUACCCUAGAAGCGAAUUCGACCUGUAUGGAGGAAGAUACAGUUGAGAUGACGGCUCCUCGAACUGAUGCACAAG